UUCUCACAAAAACGCAUCAGUCACUACUUGAUUUUAUAUUUUAUUUUGAAAGGUACGGUUGAAUAUCGGAAGUAGUCGGAGGAUCCAGGAACUGCUCGUUGCAGUCAAGACGCUGUUACUGCUCUUUAUUCCACGUCCAGGUGGUGAGUGAUCCAGUGUUCCUGUCUGCCUCCAGCCACCAUGUCUCGUGUCCGUCAGCCCCCUCUAGUCACAGGCAUCUCACCCAAGGAGGGUGCAGCUUGGACCAAAGUUACCAUCCGUGGAGAAAACCUGGGCACAGGCCCAGCCGACCUCAUUGGUCUGUCAAUUUGUGGCCAUAACUGCCUGCUGACAGCCGAAUGGAUGUCCGCCAGCAAGAUAGUGUGCCGCGUGGGUCCUGCCAAAGACGACAAGGGAGAGAUUAUCGUCACCACCAAGUCUGGAGGCCUCGGCACCUCCACGGUCUCAUUCAAACUGCUCAGACCAGAGCGGAUUGGUAUCCUGGACCAGUCUGCUGUGUGGGUGGAUGAGAUGAACUAUUACGACAUGAGGACGGACCGCAACAAAGGCAUCUCCCCCCUCUCCCUGCGACCCAGCAAUCCACUUGGCAUCGAUAUAGACAAAGGCAAAAUUCCACAGAAGGACAUAGAGCAGAUUUUUCCAGGAAUGAGUGGAGACUUUACCAGUGAGAACUUCUCUGCCACCUGGUACCUCAUCGAAAACCAUGCGGGCUCCAAUUUUGAGCAACUUAAGAUAGCAGCCAAUAAUCUUAAGAAGCAGGCUACCAAGAAGAAUGAGGGCAGUCUGGCCUAUGUGAAAGGGGGCCUCAGUACAUUCUUUGAGGCACAGGACGCUCUCGCAGCGAUCCACCAGAAACUGGAGUCUGAUGGCACAGAAAGGGUGGAGGGAUCAAUGACCCAGCGGCUAGAAAACAUCCUUAACCGAGCCAGUGAGACAGCAGAUACUCUCUUCCAGGAGGUACUGGGCAGGAAAGAUAAAGCUGACUCCACACGCAAUGCUCUCAACGUCCUGCAGCGUUUCAAGUUUCUCUUCAACCUGCCACUCAACAUUGAACGCAAUAUCCAAAAGGGGGAUUAUGAUGUGGUGAUCAAUGACUAUGAAAAGGCCAAAUCCCUGUUUGGCAGUACUGAGGUCCCUGUUUUCAAAAAAGUCUAUGCUGAAGUAGAGACGAGGAUCACAGCCCUGAGGAGUCUCUUACUGGAGAAGCUGCUGCAGACACCUUCAACACUUCAUGACCAGAAGAGAUACAUCAGAUACCUGUCUGACCUGCAUGCACCAGGCGACCCAGCGUGGCAGUGCAUUGACGCUCAGCACAAAUGGAUCCUGCAGCUGAUGCUCAACUGCAGAGAUGAGUUCAUCAGUGGACAGAGAGUGGGCGUCGGAGCUUUGGACCUGGAGGGGGAUACCCGUAUGUUGGCCCUCGGCAGGCUCGGCCACACUGCGUCACUGAAGAGGGGGGGCAGCCUGCGAACGCCGCGGCCCAGCACCUGGCACUUUGAAACGCCUCAACAGGUGCAGUUUGUGGAGAAGCUGUCAGAUGUGGUGAUCGGCCAGCUGCCAAACUUCUGGAAGCUUUGGAUCUCUUAUGUUAAUGGGAGUCUCUUUAGUGAGACCGGAGAGAAAUCUGGACAAGUCGAGAAAUCCAAGAAGAAUGCCAGGCAGAGGCAGAAUGACUUUAAGAAAAUGAUUGAGGAGCUGACCAAUCGCCUCGUGAGGCUUAUUCGUGGGGCCAUCCUCCCCACGACGCUGCCACAGCAGGAGCUGAGUUUUUAUGGAGGCUGGGAGAGCAAGGCAGAGCUGACUGGAGCCUGGCACACGCAGAUCAUACACACUGUCCGGGCUUGUCAUGAGGCUCUGUCAGCUUUGGAAAUCCCAAAUGAUUUGCUGCAGGUGAUCCAGGAUCUGUUGCUGGAGCUGAGAGUUCAUUGCCUCAUGAUAACUUUGCUGCACACUACAGAAGAUGUCAAAAGGCUUGCUGAAAAAGAGGACUGGGUGGUUGACAAUGAGGGCAUCACCUGCCUGCCAUCACGGUUUGAGCAGUGUAUGAUGAUGAUGCUACAGUCACUCAAAGAGCCGCUGGAAAUUAAAACAGGAGAGAUUAACGUGUUACUGUUGGAGCAGGUCCAGGAUCAGGCUGCAGAGAUGAGUGUGAGCAUCAUGAAGGUUUUCAUCAACUGCCUGGAGGAGCUGAGUGCCAAGAAAGAUGGACAAACCGACACAGCUCACAGCCUGGCAGCGGACGUGUCUUCUCCUGAUCAUUUUACCAGUGUUCAGGAGAGCUUCACUCCAACAUCUGAGCAGCGUCUGCUGAUCAUCCUCAGUAACUGCCAUUACCUGGAGAGACGCACCUUCCUGAACCUGGCUGAUCAUUUCGAGAAACACGGCUUCACCGGGACAGAGAAGAUCACUCGAGUCAGCGUAGAUGCUGUACGGGAGCUAGACAGGAAGCUGUUUGACGCCUACAUCGAGCGACGGGCCGAUCCGAUCGCAGGCUCCCUGGAACCCGGCAUCUACGCUGGCUACUUUGACUGGAGAGACUGCCAGACCCCCACAGGUGUAAGAAACUACCUGAAGGAGGCUCUGGUGAACGUCAUCACGGUCCACGCUGAGGUCUUCACGGUCUCUAAGGAUCUGGUGCCUCGUGUUUUGUCAAAAAUCGUUGAGUCGGUUGCAGACGAGAUGUGUCGUCUUAUGCAGUGCGUGUCGUCCUUCAGCAGAAACGGAGCUCUGCAGGCUCGACUUGAACUCUGCGCUCUGAGAGACGCCGUAGCCACGUACCUGAACACGGAGAGCAACGCCAGCUUCAAACUGGCCUUGGACGCGCUGCCUCAGCUGCAGAGCGGCGCUGACAAGAAGUUACUGGAGGAGCUGCUGAACAAGUUUAAGAGCAGCAUGCAGCUCCAGCUCACCUGCUUCCAGCCCUCGUCCGUCCAGCCUGUCAAGAGAUGAACGGCUCCCGCUGACAUGAAGCUGCACCCCCUUCGUUUUAUCAUCCACGUGGAAUCAUUUAAUGAAUUUUAACUGCACUUAUCUUGUCAGUUAUCACUCUAUUGUUUACUCAUCCCUUUUUUUGAGUGUCACUUUCAAUUUCUGCUUCGCUAGAUGAUCAUAAAUGUCUGUUCAUCUAAUCUAGACACUAAAUGAGUUGAUUUCAUUGUUACUCUGUAGGACAGUCCCAGUUCUGUUGGUUAUGCAAAUCACCUAUGGCCACUCACGUCCCCAACCGAGUGUGUGCAAAUGGAUCCGUCACUGCUCACACUUUUCAAAAGGGUCCACACAACGCGAAGAAUGUCCUGAACGAACGUGUAAAGUGGAAAGAGGUGAACCUGAGGUGGUUACAUUCGGCGUUUGAGCUCUAGUUUGUUGCUGAGCCUUUCUCACAGUGGACGGUCACCUGUAGGAGUCUGAGCUUCCCGUUCUCAUCCAUGAUUGUCUCUCCAGACCGAUCCAGCUUACCUAAGUGACGCUGACAGACAGGAAAUGGCCAGAGGGUAAUCCAUAACCAUAGAAAUGGACAGCAUCAUAAAACAUUAGUAUUGGAUUUUGCAGCAGAAGAAUCUGGGCUGUGGCGAUUUCAUCUUUGCAUAGAAAAAUAUAUUUAACAGGAAUCCAUGUCCAUCUGCUGAUCAACAUGGAAACCAUUGAAUGUGAAGCUGCUGAGCUGAGAGCUGUUGGGGACCUUGUUCUCUUUUUGUUUCCAGCCCUGACACAUCUGAGACGCGUCCCCUCUCGUCUUGGCUCACUUGCUGUUUGAAGCGGCGGCUUGGUCCACUCAUCUCUGGAGCAGCAGCUCUGCCCCGUCUCGCUCUGUGAGGAGCGGCUGGCAGGGCGUGAGCAGGGCGUGAGCAGGGCCGUUACCCGGCCUCUGGAGGCGUCUGGGUGUAGUUCUGGUGGUGGUGGGUCGACCCACGCCAGCAGUUAGCUGAGGACACACCGUGCUCUGGUUUUGCAGCUGCAGUUGACCCAUUAAAACUGGUUUCUCAGCGUAGAAGCCACACCUGAACAGAACGUUAACUUCUGGUUACAACGUCCUGGUGUCUCAUUCAUGCACCACUUUUUUCAGUCUUGGUUUCCCAUCUGCAUGUAGGGGAAAGUCAAGCAGAGCAGGCAGGAGAUGUUUUGAUUCUCUGUGUGCUAAACUUAGCUCUCUGCCCUCCCACGGAUUCAUUCACAAAAUAAGAUCAAAGCCCAGAACCUUGUGCCUUCGCUACCAGUCAGUGUUUACAGUAACUGGAGAGGUGAUGGGGGAGUUUUUAUUCGAGCUCUGUUCCAUUCAGGAGUUAAAACCACAAGAGCUGAAAAACAAGCAAAGGCUCUGACAGGAGGCACGUUCACGGAGGGUCCGUUAGAAGGUUCCACCGCUCUCCCGGACAAACACAGCCCUCCCCUCAGUGUAAGUCCCAGGUGUCAGCGCUGGGGGUGAAGCCGGUUGUGAAUGUGAUUGUGUGUCCAAACGGAUGAACUGAUCUGGUUAAACGUUGAGGUCUGUGUGACGCGCUCCCUCUCGGCCGAUUCUGCUCCUGUAACUGCGUCUGGACACCCGUGAAUGUAAAGACAUUUGAGGACUCAAUUGAUACUGAUUUUAUGAAAUCGCCCUCAUGUCAGACUUUGCUCUCAAACCGUGUCGUCCAAGGAACCGCCGUCUUCGUUAGAGGAAAGUCAAGUAACUUUUUUUUUCACACACCUUCAAAGCCACGCUGUCUUUUAAGCUCCACUGAAAACAAAUGGAAAAAGUGUUGAGUUUCUCUAUCAGCUGAAUGGUUGAGGAAACCGUUAGUCACUGCAGAUGUUUUCAGGUGUUUGUGGUUUCUUGAAAUUAGCGCUCAAUUAUGAAAAGACCAAGGUUUUAGUUCAUCCCUCAGCACUCAGUGAACCUCGUCUGUAGCUCUGAGCCCUUGGGGCUCCAAUGCUAUGACGUCAUCCAGCUCUUUAUCGCAGCAGAAGCUUCCAGGUGACCUCACCUGGAUGAGGCUCAGCAGGUCUGUGGAGCGAACCAGGCUGAACAAGCUCUAUGAUGAACGCGGUGUCUAGUGUGGUGUAGUAAACAUGAAGUGAGAUGUUGUACCAAAAGAAGUCUGUUCUUAAACGCAGAUAUUCAAGUCA